UUGUACGCUUUCUCUACAGCUAAACUAGAAAUACUCAGGAAAUAUUUGGAGAAAAUGCUAGCUAGAAGAUGGAUUCGACUCUCAACUAGCUCUGCUAGCGCAUUUAUACUAUUUGUGCUAAAGAAAGAAAGCGAGCUGCGCUUCUGCAUGAACUAUAGAAUGCUGAAUCGGAUUAUAUACAAGAACUGCACCUCAUUGCCUUUGAUUGCUGAGAUUCUUAAUUAA